AUGGAGGGCCCCUUGCUGCACCGCUGUCUGCUGCGGGGGGACUUCAUGGCCUUCUUCGCAGAACUGGAGAAGACUCAGGACUUAUUUGCAAGAGACCGCGGCGGCCGCACAGCGCUGGACUUGGCGCUGCAGCUGGCGCUGGAGCUUUUCCAAAGCUGCUUCAGCAGCUCCAGACCAGUGGACCACAGUGGUCUGGUCCAGUGGUCACCUUGCUGCUGCGCGGCCUGCGCGCGGCGCCGCCACCGCUCCGCAGGCCCUUUGGAAGGGGAAAGCAGCAGCAAAAGCCCUUUCAAAGGGGACUAUAACAUUAAAAGUCCUUUUAAAGGCGAUUUUAACUUCAAAAAUCCUCUCCAAGUCGAAAAUAAAUCCAAAAAUCCACUCCGAGUCCACUACAAUGAACAGUACUUCAACUUGUACGCCCAGCCCCGCCAAAUGCGCCUCCAGGCCGCAGUUAAGCCCCCAGUGCCCUCUUUGCCGCCGCCCUGCAAAUUCGCCCCCGUGGAGUUCCCCCCUGGCUGGUCUUCUGGGGCUUCUUGGCCCGCGGCCAGGCCCGGGGGCCUGGGUGGACCAGUGGACCACUCCCAGGCGGAGUUUCCGCUGCCCUCGGGGGCCGCGGGGCCGGCGCCCAGCGGCGCGGCGCCGCAGCAGUUCUUUUACCCGUGCGAAGCUGCAGCGGGGAGCUUGGAGGGCAGCCGGCAGCAGCAGCUGCAGCAGCAGCAGGAGCAGCUGCAGCAGCAGCUGGAGAACAAAAUGCUGCAGCGGGAAGUGCUGGUGCUGGUGGAGGAAGUCUUUGCGGGGCCGCUGUGCGAGCUGCUGCGGGCGCGGCUGCAGCGGCUGCUGCGGAAGCUGCGGGCGCUGCUGCUGGUGCUGAAGCGCCUCGGCUGCUGCAGCUUGCUGCGCAUCAAAGCCACCGAAAUGGCCGUGGAGUCGGGGCUGCUGCAGCAGAAGAUCACUUACCCUUUUCUCUACACUGCGCUGCUGCACAGGGCCUUCAAGCAGCACCCCUGCGGCCCCAACGGGCAGCCCUUCGACCCCCUGAACCCCGCGGACGGGAGGCGGAUGGUGCAGCUGCUGGUGAACUACCAAAUGCCGGGCUUCGAGUUGGUGCUUUUUUUGGGAAACUUGACGGCUUUGUUCAGCGACUUUGUGGCGUUUUUCGCGCAAGACGACGUGCGGGUCUGGCGGCCGAGCAGGGAGGUGCAGCAGUACUACUUGCACAUGGCCUUUGCGCUCGACAGCGCCGAUCUCUUCCAAUUCAUCAUUAAUUACGGACAACUUCUCUUCGUCGGAAACGCAGACGUCUUCAAGUGGGAAGAUCUCCUUUACGUUCUCAUGGAGCACCGAGACAAGUUCCGCCCCUACUUCGCCCCCCUCCUGGCCUCCCGCCUGAAGAGCCGCGUGCAGAAAAGACUCGUCGAAGAAGGACCAGCGAAGGAAAUCCGCAAAAAGUUCCCUCCAGAGCCGGUGAAGUACCCGUGCGAAGAGCGGCUGCUGACGCAGAAAGUGCUGAGCGAAUUUGGAUCUCUUUUUGGAAAAGAAGAAGCCCAAGAGCUCAGCGAGCUGCUCAGCAGGUGGAAGUACGGAGCAGCAAGGCCGCAGGCGGAAGCAGCAGGCUUUUCCCGCAGCAGCAAACUGCAGUAG